CGUGUGACGUUUUGUUUUGGCUCCUCAUAACGGACCUGCCGGACCCUGAUCUUCACUCUCAUGUCAGACGGCCCAGGAUGGAUUACAUCUGCCUCCUCUUCCUCAACAUUUGUCUGAUUUGCACCUGCGCGGCUUCACCGCCGAACUUCGUGCUGUUUUUCGCAGAUGAUUUGGGUUUCGGGGAUUUGGGCUGUUAUGGACACCCCGCUUCACUCACCCCCAACCUGGACCGCCUGGCUGCGGGAGGUCUGCGGUUUACAGAUUUCUACUGCACCAGCCCAGUGUGCAGCCCGUCCAGGGCGUCCUUGUUGACAGGGCGUUAUCAGACCCGCUCAGGCAUCUACCCAGGAGUGUUGUACCCAGGCUCUGUCGGCGGUCUUCCUCUGAAUGAGACCACCAUCGCUGAAGUCUUGAAACCUCAGGGUUAUGCCACCGCUGCCGUAGGGAAGUGGCACCUGGGAUUUGGAGCCAAUGGGAUGUUUCUUCCAACCAAGCAGGGGUUUGACCAGUACCUUGGGAUCCCCUACUCCCAUGACAUGGGCCCCUGUUGGAACCUGACUUGUUUCCCUCCAGAUGUUAAGUGUUUCGGAUUGUGUGAUGUUGGCACUGUAACGGUCCCGCUAGUGCACAAUGAUGUCAUCAAGCAGCAACCCGUCAAUUUCCUGGACCUGGAAAAGGCUUACAGUGACUUUGCAACCGAUUUCAUUACUACAUCAGCUGAGAAAAAACAACCUUUCUUCCUCUACUAUCCCUCCCAUCACACCCACUACCCCCAGUAUGCAGGUCCAGGGGCGGCAGGGAAGUCUUUGAGGGGCCCAUUCGGAGAUGCUCUGUUGGAGUUUGACAACACUAUAGGAAACUUACUGACAACUCUGGAGAAGACAGGAGUGAUCAACAACACACUGGUUUUCUUCACUUCAGACAAUGGACCUGAACUGAUGCGUAUGUCCCGAGGCGGUAACGCUGGCCCUCUGAAAUGCGGGAAAGGCACCACAUAUGAGGGUGGUAUGAGAGAGCCGGCCAUCGCCUACUGGCCAGGGACCAUCAGGCCAGGUGUGACUCAUGAGAUGGCCAGCACUCUGGAUAUCCUCCCCACCAUCGCAAGUCUGGCAGGAGCCAAACUGCCCACGGUGAUGCUGGAUGGGCUUGAUAUGACAGAAAUCCUUUUCAACCAAGGAAAGAGUAAAAGGGAGACAAUGAUGUUCUACCCCACAGAUCCGACUGAAAUGUACGGCCUGUUUGCUCUCAGGCUGGGGAAGUACAAGGCCCACUUCUAUACACGAGGUGCUACCCACAGCGGUACCACCCCAGACCAAGACUGCCCAGUAUUUGCAGUUCUCAAGCCCCACGACCCCCCUCUGAUUUUCGACCUGGAGGCUGACCCCUCUGAGCACUACCCUCUCCCUCUGAUGGGAAGACCUGACCUCCAAGCCCUGGUGGAGCAGAUCAAGACAGUUAAGGAGCAGUUUGAAGCCUCCAUGGUGUUUGGCGAGAGCCAGGUAUUCAAAGGAACAGACCCCAACCUGGAGCCCUGCUGUAAUCCUCAGUGUAGCCCCAAGCCCAGAUGCUGCCAGUGUUGAGGGGACUGAUUUUCACAACUGCUCAUGAAGACACUGCGGGGAAGCCUGGAGGUACUGCACUGCUUUUACCCUAAAAUUGCUCAGUGUAUUCACAAGAUGUGAUGUUGAUUUUGUAAUCAUGCAUUGCUACUUUCUUGUGAACAGUUAAGUUUUCAGUACUGUUCAUACUGAAGUAAUAUUGCAAACAAUCUGAUUCCUCAGUGAGGAGAUGAUUUUCUUGAUCUUAAUAUUAAUAUAUUUAAAAGUAAUGUUUAACAAUGUACUGUAUAUUUUCUGACUUGAAUACAUGUUUUAUUAAUUGAUUCAUUUUGUACUUUCCACUUCCACAUUGUUUAUGAUGAUAAAGAUUUUAAUAAAUAUAUGGGUUUGUAUGUGAAUGUUUUGCAGCCCAUUUUAAUCACAUAAACAGUCAAGAGUAUAUGUGAAGAAUAAAGACAACAAUAAAAGUUUAGGACAUCAAGCAUAUAUUUUAUUCAUAAGACCAAAUCCAUGACAAGGCAGAGUGAUUUUUUUGUCAUUUUUUUCUUUGUUUUUCCCUUGAAUUUUACAAGUCCAUGUUUUUAAAGAUACAAGAUAGGAUAUGUUUGUUCUGUCACAUACUGUUUUGCUCUAGGUAUACAGUGAAGAAUCUUGUUAAUGUAAUAAAGUCAAAAGUUUGGUUUAACUGUUAA